CCAUGGGAAAUCUGGUCUUUGCUCUGGCUUUCCCUGCUAAGCCUUCCUCUCAUUUCCUUCGUGUUUGCUCCCUCAUCUCCUCUGUCAGCACCUAGAGUCAGUUUGGACUCUAGGUGUAGGAAAGGAGCUGGGCCAAUAGCAUCAUGCAUCCUUGGGUAGCCCUCCUGGGCCUCCUACUCCUGCCAGAUGGUGUAACCUCUUACCAUCGAGUGACUGGAGUGGCGGGUCAGAGUGUCACUCUACCCUGCUAUUAUAAUGGAGAAGUCACAAGCAUGUGUUGGGGCCGAGGGGCAUGUCCUUGGUUGAACUGUGGAACUAGCAUCAUCUGGACUGAUGGAUACAGAGUCACCUAUCGGAGGGAUGGACGUUAUCAGCUAAAUGGCAAUAUUCGUGGAAGGGAUGUGUCUUUGACCAUAAACAAUGCUGCCGUGUCUGACAGUGGCUUGUAUUGUUGCCGAAUUGAGGUGAGAGGGUGGUUCAAUGACAUAAAAACCACCCUAGAGUUGAGGAUCAAUCCAGCUCCACCUACAACGACAACGACCACCACCACUACUACUACAACAACUACCACCACUACUCCAACAACCACUACCACUACUCCAAGAACAACCACCACUACAAGAAGGACAAUUACUACCACUACUCUAAGAACCACUACCACCACCACCACUACUCCACGAACAACCACCACUACUAGAAAGACAACCAUUACUACUACUCCAACAACGACUACCACUAUUAUAACCACCACUACUACCCCUAAAACAACACCCACCACAACUCCAACAACCACCACCACCACUACUCCAACCACAAUGGUCACCACUGCUCCAACAGCCACCACCACUGCUGUGCCAACAACCAUCAACACCACUACUCCAACCAUGACAGUCACCACUGCUCCAGUGACAGUGAGGUCCUCUACUUCUGCUCCUCCAAUGCCAGCACCCACAGAGGACCUCCAGCCAGCUUCUUUAUCUUCUCCAAGUCAGACAGCAGAAAGCCAGCCUACUACCCUGUAUGAAACAAACAUAACCAGCUCACCAUGGCACUCUUGUUCAACAGAUGGAAAUGGCACUGUGACCCAGUCUCCAGAUCCCCAUUGGCAUAACAAUCAAACUACUGCGGCGCUGGCACAAGAAACAUGGAUGAGCACCAACAAGGGAGUCUACAUUGGAAUCUCGGUUACUAUUUUGGCAUUGUUGGUCAUGUUUGUGGUAUUCUUGAUUAGGAGAAGAUAUUUUUGCCUGGGGAGCAAGGUGGAGCUACUACGUGUGAUUCCAUUGAAAGAUUCUCGCAUUGGAGCUUUGAAAAAUGCAGCUCUGAAGCCUAUCCAAGCAGAAGACAAUGUCUACAUUAUUGAUGACUAUCACUAAGUCCUGGAUCCAGAUUCUAAAGUAUUAUGCCUUGAUUGUAGCAGAUAGUGACCAGAUACUGUGUCAGAGUCCUGUCAAUCAGCUGCAGAAUUUUUCAGUCAGUUUCCCAUGGCAUUCCUCUGAGUCGGAGACACUGGGUAGAGUGAUGCUAGGUCAACUGUGUAAAGUCAACCUCUGUCACAGAGUCCUAAUUUUUUAUAUUAAAUUGAUUCAAACUUUC